GUUUUUCUCUCAAUCUGUCUUGAAGAAGAAGAAAAACCCUCUUAAAAUACCCAGAGAGAGUGUGUUGAAGCCAGUUUCUUUCAAUCGAAGAAGAAAGCUAGCAAUUAAGACGGUGGCGUAGAGGAAAAUGUUCAGGAACCAGUACGAUACAGACGUUACCACAUGGAGUCCUGCGGGGCGGUUGUUCCAAGUGGAAUACGCGAUGGAAGCUGUGAAGCAAGGUUCAGCCGCGAUCGGACUUCGAUCUAAGACCCAUGUAGUUUUGGGUUGCGUCAACAAGGCUAACUCCGAGUUGUCUUCUCACCAGAAAAAGAUUUUCAAAGUCGACGACCACAUCGGCGUUGCCAUCGCCGGUCUCACCGCUGACGGCCGCGUCCUUUCUCGGUAUAUGAGAAACGAAUGUAUUAACUACAACUUCACGUAUGAAUCGCCACUUCCUGUUGGCAGACUUGUCGUCCAACUUGCCGAUAGAGCUCAGGUCUGCACCCAACGUUCUUGGAAACGACCUUAUGGGGUUGGCCUGUUGGUGGCUGGCUUGGAUGAAUCUGGGGCUCAUCUCUACUACAACUGUCCGAGUGGAAAUUACUUUGAGUACCAGGCUUUUGCCAUUGGGUCCCGCUCACAAGCUGCAAAGACGUACUUGGAGCGGAGGUUUGAGAACUUAGCAGAUUCCUCUCGAGACGAUCUGGUCAAAGAUGCUCUUAUGGCUAUAAGGGAAACCCUGCAAGGAGAAACUCUAAAAAGCUCUAUAUGUACAGUUGCUGUGGUAGGGGUUGGAGAGCCGUUCCAUAUUUUGGAUCAGGAAACUGUACAACAAAUGAUCAAUGCCUUUGAGAUCGUGGGAGAGCAAGAAGGACCAGCUGCUGAACCUGAUGAUGCUUCAGGACAAGAGGCUGCAGCUGAGCAGGGUGGUUCUACUGACGAAGGCGUGGCCCCAAUGGAUAUUUAAGGAUACCGGCAUUGGGGCCCAUCUCAUGUUUAGAUAAGGUUUUCUAGCGUGUUUGCGGAUUUGAGUUAGUCACUGGUAGACAUUAUUGUUAUUGUGUUGGAUAUUUCCUUCUUUCUUUUGCAAACUAUGUUUUUACAAUUGCUGCAAGCAUGCACAUGCUAGCCUGACCCAAAACUUAAAACUAAAUUUACAGUUAUACCCAAGAUACAGUCA